AUCGACAGAUCCAUCACGCCCGACCAUCGCUUCAUCGUGCAGUCCGACCAGCGCGCCUGAUGAACACUUUCGCAUCGACCAUGCAGAUCUACGCCAUCUGCUGAUCGUUAUCAUUCACACAUUGUAUUCAAUUCGUCGUGACACGACCAACUGGUGGUUCUCGCGCUUGGUGUGCAGUAGAGGGUCGCGAGUUGCAGGCCGCCCGACUUGCCGCACACACUCCUAGGCUUCGUCUGACGAUUAGCUUGCAUCUUGAACCUCUGAAUCUUCGUCAUCAUUGCAAUCGUCUGGUCCGACUACUAGUAAAGGCUGGGCAUUCUACUCUUCAGAGGGUACGUGAUUGAUAGCGAGCUGGUGAAGCGAAGCAGCGCAACAGCACGUGAGGAAAGAGCGUCCUAGCAGAGAGUACCUUCCAAGAUUUCCUCGUAAUUGCCUUCUUAUACGGCAACUGCACCCUCUUGUCAGGCCCCGCUCCCAACCUGACCUUCCACUGCCUGCGGUGGACUAUCGCUCCCUUUUACCCAAGCACGAGAUUUAUCUACUCUUCGACAACACCAUCUCCCUCCAGGACGUAUAAGGACUGUGGCCCCCGCGAAACCUCGAAACACUGCUACCUAGCUACCAACUUCACGUCUCGUGCGAAACAGUAGCGUACGUACCACGUCGCCGUAGCCGCGAGCGCUCUCGUUUUGCGCCGGAGUCUCCUCUACACUUUCGUAUAUCGUAACGAACAACCGUCGCGAAUAAGGAUCCAUCAUGGCAUCUCCUGUUGCUGAGCUCGAGGCUGGCCUGCAGGCCAUGUCUCACCUUAAGCCUCCUGGUGUAUCUGGGUCUCGCAUUUCUUCCAUAACAGCGCUCUGCGUUGGCAGCGUUCAGUCUGAAUCUGUCUUGAUCCAAAAGAUUUACACACACUUCAAGAAGACAGCAGGCGACCACAAACUUGGAGUGCUAUACGUUGUAGACUCGGUAACGCGCAAGUGGUUGGAGCGAGCGAAAUCCUCCGGCCAGGACGUAGAUGGCUCCGCUACUGACGGAACCUUUGCUGCUGGCGUUCACCGCGUGACGGAGCUGAUGCCCGUGUUGAUGAAUGAUAUUGUCCAGUCUGCACCAGAAAACCACAAGGAGAAGAUCUCGAAGCUUCUGGAUAUCUGGGAAAAGGGCCAGACCUUUCCCCAGUCCAUGAUUGACUCGUUCAGAACCAAGCUGGCCACUCCGCCUGUCGCUGCGUUUGUCAAGUCCACGACCCCUGAGGGAAGUCCCCCUCCCGGUCUUCUUGCAUUCCUUGGCCUGGCUCCUAGUACCAACGCCGCCAAACCUCCUGCCGCCCCUCCGAGCAGCAAUGCCAUCAUGGAGGCUCUAGCGAAUAUUGCACGAACAAACGGUCCUGCUUCACAACAGCAUGUUCCUACGCCAGCUCAUCCACCUCCAACUGCAGCCCCGUCCGCGCUGAACGGCCUGGCAGGACUUCUGAACACCAUCAGCCAACGACAGCCAGCUCCUCAGGCGACAAAUGCCCUCCCGCCGUCCUACUCCGUGCCGCCGCCACCACCAGCCGCGGCUUCGGGCCCUGCUCCCCCCAUGCCUUAUGCUUAUCCGCCCCAAGCAGCUCACCCGCCGGCACACAACCAGCAGGCCCCUCCGCCUGCGUUCUCUGGUCUCAUGGGGACUGGUUAUCCAGGCGUGCCCCCUCCUCCGGCCGCGCCACAGGCCCUUACCCCUGAUGUGCAACAACAGGUCAUGCUGAUCAAAGCUCUCGCCGAGCAAGGUGUGCCCUUUGACCAGAUUCCGGCCCUUAUCAACACGAUGCAGCAAGCCGGCGUGAUGCCGCAUCUAGGGGGCCCGGCCGCACCCGCAGCCCAGCCUCCCUAUCCUGCAGCCUCGGCCCCGACGUGGGGUGCUGCGGCUCCUGCCACUAGCAAUGGGCAUGCGGAUUCACGUGACCGCUACGGGUAUAAUGGUGGCCAAAGAUCCCCAGACCGGUAUCCGAACCGCUCUCGAUCCCGCUCGCCAGGUCGCCGGUGGGAAUCUCGUGACAAGACCCGCAACGGACGCGACGACUUUGGGCACCGUCAAGACGACGCAGUUCGCAGCUCCGAGUACCGCCAACGAAGCCCAGCUGGUCGUCGCGCCAGCCCUUCGGGACCGCCUCAGCACAGUCAGUACGAAAAAUGGGUAGAGUACGAUCGGACUCUUCCUGAGGGCAAGAUUCGCGUCUACAGCCGAACAUUGUUUGUUGGAGGUGUCACAUGCUCUGAGCCAGAGUUGCGCAAUAUCUUCACCCAGUAUGGUCAGGUCCAGACCUGCAUUGUCAAUAAGGAUAAAAGACACGCCUUUGUUAAAAUGUUGACUCGGAAGGAUGCCGAAGCUGCCAAAGAGGCGCUCGAGUUUCCGCAAGGGCCCGAGGGCUUGCAAUUAAGGACUCGCUGGGGUGUUGGAUUCGGUCCUCGGCAAUGCAGUGAUUAUUCUACAGGCAUCAGCAUCAUCCCAAUCAGCGAGCUUACGGAAGCAGAUCGCAAGUGGAUGCUGACAGCAGAAUACGGCGGCAGCGGUGGAAAACCCAUCGAGACUGGUCUUGUAGUCGAAGAACCCGACAUCGAGAUUGGUGCUGGCGUAUCGUCUAAGGCUAUUAGUCGCCGCAUGCAGACCGAUAAGGGUGGAAGCCAUGGACCCAAGUCAUCUCACGUCGAUGAUCGAUGGCGGCGGAAGAACGGUGGUGGUCAUGGCGGGCGAGAUCGUCGUGAUGAUAUGAAACUCUCCGGCGCCAACUCACAGCCCAUUGCGAACAACCAGUUCGUACAGGGUAACGGCUUCAACGGCAUGCCGAGUGCGUCCUCAAACUACGGCGGAUGGCAGCAAAACAGCCAGUAG